UUGUAUUGAGUGGUCUAAGUCGUGGUGAAUGCCGCUAGUACAUAGGUCAUAUUUGUAUAAAUCUAAGCAUGUCUGUUAAAGCUGUUUGCGUGUUGAAGGGUGAUUCGUCAGUUACUGGUGUUGUAAAUUUCCUUCAACAGGAUGGCUCAGGCCCGGUCCACUUGACAGGAGAGCUGAAGGGACUGGCACCAGGGAAACAUGGCUUCCAUGUGCAUGAGUAUGGGGACAAUACCAAUGGCUGUACUAGUGCUGGUUCACAUUUCAACCCCGAGGGUAAAACUCAUGGUGCUCCAGAAGACCAGGAAAGACACUAUGGUGAUCUAGGAAAUGUAGUUGCUGGGGAAGAUGGAGUAGCUAAAAUUGAUAUAAAAGACAGCUUGGUCUCAUUGACUGGGAAUCAUUCCGUCAUUGGCAGAACUAUGGUGGUCCAUGCAGAUGAAGAUGAUCUAGGAAAAGGUGGUCAUGAACUCAGCAAAACAACAGGGAAUGCUGGAGGAAGACAGGCAUGUGGCGUAAUCGGCAUCUCAAAGAAUUAGAUUGUCAUUCCAAAGAAACAGACUGCAUGUUUUGACAAGAAAUGUGUACAUACAAGUUGAUACCAAGUAUCUAGGGAAAGCAGAAAGUUUUAAGUCGGCAAAGUGAAGUUUUGUAUUUGUUCAGUGUCAAAAUCAUAAACAUCAAAGGAAUUAUUCUCAUUGGGCACUGCCUUUGUACCUCUGUUGUUUUCACUAUGCAUUGAAAGAAAUGGAUCCUGAAGUCAUGUAGCAGAAAUGGACAACCUAUAAUGGUAGAUUCAGUGAUGAAGUUGCUGCCUAUAAGUCCCAGAAUAAUCACUACUAGUAGUCGAUGUAUAAAAUUAUAUUGAAAAUCAUAACAAUAAGAGUUACAAUACAACUUUUUAUUUGCACAAAUCAUGAUACAAAUCAUUGUUGGUAUGCCCAGUGGUGCGGGUAAGAUGCUAUUAAAAUGUAUUUAAUCAGAAAGAAA